AUGUCUAAUACUAUUGAUAAACUUAAACGUAAGAAAAAAGAAAAACAAGCAGCAAUUAAUUCUAAUAUUCCAUCAACGGAUGUUGGAGUUAUUCGAAUUGGUCAUUAUAUUCUUAAUGAAACACUUGGAACUGGAAGUUUUGGCAAAGUAAAAAAAGCAUAUCAUCAAUUGACAAGACAUACAGUAGCUAUUAAAAUUGUUAAUCGGACGAAAAUAAAACAAUUAGAUGUUGUUGGAAAAAUUCGAAGAGAAAUUCAAAAUUUAAGACUUUUUCGACAUCCACAUAUUAUUAAAUUAUAUCAAGUAAUAAGUACACCAACAGAUAUAUUUAUGGUUAUGGAAUAUGUAUCUGGAGGAGAAUUAUUUGAUUAUAUUGUUAAAAAAGGAAAAUUAAGUGAAGCUGAAGCUCGACCUUUUUUUCAACAGAUAAUAUCAGGUGUUGAUUAUUGUCAUCGACAUAUGGUUGUAUGUAUCAGAGUUUAUUGGAGUUUUUUUUUUUUUUUUAAAGUUUUUUGUCCUCUUUGGGUGAUCGUGAGUUCGAGUGAAAUUUUUUUUGUUGAGGAGUGGUGCGNAAAAAGCCAUGGUGCAAAUAUUAAUAAUGGUGGACCAUCAAAAUAUAAAUCUCCAUCUCGAAAAGUUGAAAUAGCUGAUUUUUUUGCAGCAUCAAGUCCACCACAUUCAUCAUUUAUAUCAUCAAUGCCAACAAAUCCAACAUCAGCUCGUUCUCCAUCACCAUUUUUUCAAAAACCAGUUUAUCUUACACAGAAAUCAGCACCAGUUCGUCCUCAUCCAGAAAAAAUGCCAGCUUUAAAAGAUCUAAGUGUAACGUUAGAUCCAAUUGAUGCAUAUUAUUCAUCAUCAACAAGUACAACUAGUUCUCAACAAAAUUCUUCUAAUAAUAGAAAAUUAUCAGGUUCAACAACAUCAUCAUCAUCAUCAACAACAACAACGACUGCAACAACAGGUGCUGCAUCGUUAAAAAAAGCUAAAUGGCAUUUAGGAAUACGAUCUCAAUCAAAACCACAAGAUAUUAUGAAUGAAGUUUUUAAAGCGAUGAAAGAAUUAGGAAUGGAAUGGAAAUAUUGUAAUAAUAGUAUGUAUAGUCUUCGAACUCGUCGAAAAGUAACCAAUACAAAUCGAUAUGUUAAAUUGGGUCUUCAAUUAUAUCAAGUUGAUCAUCGAUCUUAUUUACUUGAUUUUCGUAAUUUAAAUACAAAUACUGAUCCUCAUCAAAAUCCAUCAUUUAGACUUCCUGAUGAUGAUGAUAUGGAAAAUGUUCAACCAAAUCGUUCAUCAAGUUGGGAUUUUACAGAUAAUGAAAAUGAAGCUACAACUGACGAUGGGGUAUCAGAAGUAAUGGAAUUUUUUGAAACAGCUGCCAGUCUUAUUCGUACAUUAGCGCCUGAUUCGGCUCCAAAACCAACUCAUGCAGUCCCUACGACAUCUUCCUAA